UCCUCCGCCCGGGGGCCGCCCCUCCCGCGCCGCAGCCAUGACCGCCAACGGCACGUCGGAGUCGCUCCAGAUCCAGUUCGGCUUGAUCAACUGCGGCAACAAGUACCUGACGGCCGAGGCCUUCGGCUUCAAGCUCAACGCGUCGGCGCCCAGCCUGAAGAAGAAGCAGAUCUGGACGCUGGAGCCCGACGGCGACGACUCGUCGGUGGUGUUCCUCAAGAGCCACCUGGGCCGCUACCUGGCGGCCGACAAGGACGGGCAGGUGUCGUGCGACCGCGAGGCGCCCGCGCCCGACUGCCGCUUCGUGAUCGUGGCGCACGGCGACGGCCGCUGGUCGCUGCAGUCGGAGCCGCACAAGCGCUACUUCGGCGGCACCGACGACCGCCUCUCGUGCUUCGCGCAGGCCGUGUCGGCGGCCGAGAAGUGGAGCGUGCACAUCGCCAUGCACCCGCAGGUCAACCUCUUCAGCCUGGCCCGCAAGCGCUACGCCCACCUGAGCGCGGCCCGCGACGAGAUCGCCGUGGCCCGCGACGCGCCCUGGGGCGUGGACUCGCUCGUCACCCUCGUCUUCCACGAGCAGCGCUACGGCGUGCAGACGUGCGACCACCGCUUCCUGCGCCACGACGGCGCGCUGGUGGACGCGCCCGAGCCCGCCGCCGCCUACACGCUCGAGUUCCGCGCCGGCAAGGUGGCCUUCCGCGGCGCCGAGGGCCGCUACCUGGCCCCCUCGGGGCCCAGCGGCACCCUCAAGGCCGGCAAGGCCGCCCGCGUGGGCAAGGACGAGCUCUUCGUGCUAGAGCAGAGCUCGCCCCAGGUGGUGCUGCGCGCCGGCAACGAGCGCAACGUCUCCAUCCGGCAAGGGAUGGACCUUUCAGCCAAUCAGGAUGAAGAGAGCGAUCAAGAAACCUUUCAACUGGAAAUCAAUAAAGAUACCAAGAAAUGCACCUUCAGGACUUAUACUGGGAAAUACUGGACCCUGACCUCCAACGGCGGAGUGCAGUCCACCGCCUCGACUAAGAACGCCAACUGUUACUUCGAUAUCGAGUGGUGCGAUCGGCGCAUUACACUGAAAGCAGCGAACGGCAAAUACGUCACGGCAAAGAAGAACGGGCAGCUUGCCGCCAGCAUGGAAACUGCCAGUGAGACGGAAUACUUCCUCAUGAAGCUGAUCAACCGGCCAAUCAUCGUCCUCCGAGGGGAGCACGGCUUCAUUGGCUGCAGGAAGGUGACCGGUACCCUGGAUUGCAACCGCUCCUCUUACGACGUCUUUCAGCUGGAGUUCAAUGACGGAGCCUACAACAUCAAAGAUUCCACUGGGAAAUACUGGAUGGUUGGCAACGAGUCCUCCAUCACCAGCAGCAGCAACACGCCGGUAGACUUCUUCUUUGAGUUCUGCGACUACAACAAGGUGGCCAUCAGAGUCAAUGGGAAAUACCUGAAGGGUGACCACGCCGGCGUCCUCAAAGCAUCCGCUGAUGCGAUCGACCCCUCCACCCUCUGGGAGUAUUAAAUGCACUUUAGCUUCCUUCCUUCCUUCCCUCUGCUCUGUGCUCUCCUCCCGUCCCACCCCUUCUCUUUCAGUUGCCAAUUCGUUUUUGUUUGUGGGUUUUGGUUUUUGAAUGUUCUGGUGUGUCUCUUCCUAAAGAAAGGGGUUAUCUUUCAGACCAGCCUGCUGCUUCUCUCCCGCUGUAGAAUUUGGGGGGGGGGGGGGUUGAUCUCCUCUUCCCUUCAUUAUGUGAGUCUCUCUUUAAAAACUGGAAAAAUGUAAUGGACCUGCAGGAAAUGGUGCCCUCUUGUCUGCAUUGAUGGUUAAAGGGGUGCCGGUUCAUAAAGGUGUGAUACCAAAUCCCCCCUUAUCUCUGCUGGGCCUGUGAAUUUAAAAAGGGAAUAAAUCCCAUCAUGCUUUCUCUCUACUAAAGUAGAAUCGUCGCCUUCAAUUGGUAUUGGCAUUUCCCCACGUGGGGGUCCCCAGCAAGAGCUAGUAUUGAGCUGAGCGAAGAGGCUUUUGAGUUACCACAAUGGCGGCUCAAUUAGCCCAACGCAAGCGGUGGAGGUAACCGUGAUUCAACCAGCUUCCUCACACUGGGGUUGCUCUCUGGAUUAGGUUAGUGUUCUUUCUCUCUCUCGGCACUUGACCCAAAGUGAAACACCUCUUUUCUCUAGCUAAGGCAGAUAAGAGGUACUCUUAACAUAUCUUGCCACCCCGUGAAGUGGGGAGCUGUGUGUGAGUGUGUGUGAGUGUGCGAUGGUGGUGGGAUAAGUCAGAGGGUUAGUUUAGAGACAGACAUGAGCCGGCCAAUAAGUGCAGCCAUAGGGACUAGGAACUUGUCCACGCACGCACGCACAAAACGAGCUGCUGUUGGUGGAUCAGAAUGGUGCAGGAGCUCCAGUCAUUCAUCUCGUAGGAGACGGAUCUUGCCGAAUAGUUUAUCAUCUUCUGCUUUGAGCUCUGUUCCCUCCCAUCCCCUUGCUUCAUGCUUCUAAGUGUCCACGAAGCAUUUGGAGUUUCUCCUGAAAGGCUUGACAACUGCACUGAAAAGCUGUUGACACUGCCUUGUCGUUUCUCUCCGCCUCCGUCUGGAAGGUGCAAGUUGUUAUAGAACUUUUCUUCUUUUUUUAUAUAUAUAUAUAUAAAUAUAUAUUAUCGUAUUUGGUAUCUUCAAAGUAAUAUUAGAGGGUCCAGGGCUACCUGAAAUGAUUCUUGAUGAACAGUAUCCGAUAGAUGUCAAGCUGCACUUCGUAACUGCACAACUUCUUUUUUUGUCUCGGGGGGCGGGGGGAUCUCGGCUUACCCUCCUUUGUGCCUCCAAGGAAAACUAUUUUCUCUGCACCUCCUGCGUGGUGGUGGUGGUGUGAGGGGUCCCCAGUUCAGUUCUGCAACUGAUUCGCAGACGAGCCGCUGCUCAGACCAAGCAUGGACCAAGUUCCACAGACCCUCUUGUUCCGCCUGUUGGUGACUCUCCCCCACUCCGCACCCUCUCUUUCUAGCUUCACUUGGGAGUUUAUUGUGCCUCAAAAACAGCCAUAUCUCAGAAGCUUUUUGUGUGUGCGCCAAGAUAAGUUUUGGAGAGCGGAGGAAGAGAUGCGUGGAGGCGGCGAAACAGAAGCGGGGAAGCCACGUUGCAUGUUACAUGCGUUCAGGGAGGGGGGAAUCUUUUUUGUUUCCGGUCAAGAAGUGUCCGGAAGCAAAUUGCUAAUCUCAAUUUACAGACCGACAGAGCUUUUUAAGAAUCAGCAAAUGUUUGCACAGUUAAUACAUUCAGUCUGUGUUUUCUCGUCUCUCAAUCUGACUGGAAUUUCUGUCCUCACUUUCUGCUUCUUCCUCCUCCUCUUUGCUAAAUGGCUGUGUUUUGUUUUUGUUUUUUUGAGGACGAGCGUCAAAAGUAUCUGUUUCGGCUGAUGUGUCUUGCUUAGUUGUCUCU